UGACAUAAUCAUUUAUCUUUUAAUUAGAAAUUUCUGUUCUUUUUAUAAAAUAAUUUCUAUUUCCUAAUUAAUAAUAUUGUCAGGAACAGAUGCCUUUGCGUUGGUCGAUAUAAUUUGUUCCUGUUUGAACGGUAACAAGUCUGAUUAAAAAUGGGGGAAGAAGAGCCCCCUUCUAGAGAAACCCCUGCUCAACGUGCUAGAUGUUUUUUCGACGUAUCAAUCGGCGGCAUUAAUAGCGGUAGAAUAGUUUUCGAACUUUUUACGGAUGUGGCUCCGAAGUCUUGUGAAAACUUCAGAGCUUUGUGUACCGGUGAAAAAGGGCUGGGGGAAGAGACUCAAAAACCUCUUUAUUAUAAAGAUGCAAUUUUCCAUCGUGUGGUUAAGGAUUUUAUUAUCCAAGGUGGUGAUUUCUCAAAUGGAAAUGGUACUGGAGGCGAAAGUAUAUAUGGAGGGACAUUUGAAGAUGAGAAUUUUAUUCUCAAACACGAUCAGCCAUUGUUGUUAUCAAUGGCUAAUAGAGGAAAAGACACUAAUGGAUCACAGUUCUUUAUUACAACGCAACCGGCCCCCCAUCUGGACGAUGUUCACGUGGUAUUUGGAAGAGUAGUGAGCGGAGUUGAUUUGGUGAGGCAGAUCGAAUCACUUCCAGUGGAUGCCAACAGUCGACCUCUUCAAGAUGCGAAGAUCAUCAAGUGCGGAGAGCUUGUAAAGCAAGUCAAAGCCAAGAAAGAAAAGAAGAAAGUAGAAGCGGAUGAUGACAAUGAAGAGGAGGGAGAAAUUAAAUCAAAGAAGAAAAGUAAGAAAGAUAAGAAAAAGGAGAAGAAAAAUAAAAAGCAUAGCAAAGAAACCAGCAAAUCGGACGAAGGGGAGGAAGAAGGAGAAGAAGGCGAAGUGUUUGAGCCUCACCCGUUAGUUACCGUAACAAAUAUUGAUCCUGAAGAAAUACCCGAGAUCCCAGCUAAUAAAUUCCUGAUGAGAGGAGAAGGCAGAAAAGAUAGGGAAAGGGAUAAAAAUAACGAUAAUAGAAAAGACGACAGAAGAGAUAAAAACUACAGGGAUCGAGGUAACAAACGGGACUGGGGUGGAGAUUACAAUCGGUGGGGAAGAACUGCAACCUCUAAAAGCGGAAGAAUGAUAAAAGGAAGAGGAAAAUUUCGAUAUAGAACACCAUCUCGAAGCCGGUCGCGCAGUGCCACUCCUAUCCAUUGGCGCAAAGAAGAAUCUCGCGUCAUCAAAAUGUCCGAUCUUCAGAAGCUCGAUGCGAAGCGUAAACAGUUGGAGAGUAAAAAGGACAAAUCUAAAUGGCGCAGUGAAACUCCGGAGCUUCCGUCUUUUGAAAAAUCAUUAACGCCCCAAACUGAAUACCCGAAGAGUAAAGGGAAGAAUAAAGGAGUAGAUUAUAAUGCUUUGGAUUAUGAAGAUCAGAGCGAAGAUGAAAAUAAGGAUUCGUACAAGCAUAAAAAAAUUGUGCCUAGUUUAGUACAGUAUCCGCUCUCCAGUUCAAAAAAUACACAUAAGAGCAAAGAAGAUAUCCAAAAGGAGAUUGAGCAAGUGGAUGAAGAGGAAAAGGAAGCUGAGGCCAUUAAUAAGCGAUCUGACUUUUUAGCAAUGGCUCUAGGUGUCCAAAUAAAAACCGGGGAAGAUCCUGCCACUGGAGAGAUUAAGUUCGGUGGCUACAAUAAACAGCGUGAUAGAUCAGAAAAGUUUAAUCAAGCACAAUCAGCAAACAAGUUGAAUUCCAACAACCGCUUUGGAAGGGUCAAUAUGCGUUUAAUGCAGUUAGCGCACCAGGACAAUGUACCUGCUCCCAAUCAAUUGCCUAGUAAGGUUGAAGAAAAACACGGAAGAAAUAAAUUUGAAACCGAAAAACCUGUUGUUCAAAGUGAGAACAGAUAUGAAAAAAAUGGUAGAUUUUCCGACAUGAGGAGACGAAGAGAUAGAUAUGAUGACCGAAGGCGUAACGACAUGAUGGAACGGGAUAGAAGGGGCGGAGACAGAAAUAGAGAUAGAAGAGAUAAUAGGGGAAGGGACUACAAGAAAUCUCCAAGAAGAUCCCGUUCGAGAGACAGAAAUAGAGGACGAAGGAGAUCCCGUUCACGUUCCCGAUCCAAAUCUAAAUCAAGAUCCCGUUCUCGUUCGAGGAAGUCCAAGAGUAAAGAGAAAUCGAAGAAAUCCCGCUCCAGAACGCCCGAGGUUCCUGCUAAACACGUCAAGGUCGAAGACAAGGAUAAAGACAAGGACGUGUUCAAAGCUGAUAAGGACGCGGAAGAGAAAUACAGGAAAUUGCUCAUUCUUCGGAAAAAGAUGGCGUUGUUGGAGUUAAAGAAAAAGGAAGAAAUGAGACUAAUGGAAGAAAAGCAACGGAAAGCCAAAGAGGAAAGCGAAAUGUUGGAGAAGGUCAAAUUAGCAAAGAGGGAAGCCAUCGAAAAGGAGAAGUUGUUGAAGACGUGCAAAGUUUUGCAAGAACUUGAAGACAAAAAGGACAUUAAGCCUAGAAAGAGACUGAAUUCGUCCAGUUCCAGUAGCUCAAGUAGUUCGAGCAGUUCUGACAGUGACAGAGAUAGAAAAAAGAGACGACGACUCAGUCCAAAAGAAAGGUCGCACUCCAGAUCUCGUUCCAGAACUAGAAGGCGCAGACGCUCAUCUGCUAGAUCUUCCAGAAGUAGAUCUAGAGGAUCCAGAGACCGACAUAGGGACAGGCCUUCCAGACGACGCCGUUAACGAUGUUUUGUAUUUACAUUUAUUUUUAGAUCAAGGUUAGUAGAGGUAUAGGUUUAUAGGAUGAAAGUCAAUUAAAUAAGACUUCUGUAAUAUUCUACAUUAAUAGAAUACAAUUAUUGACCAUUUUGGGUUUUCGUAUUUUGAGGAACAAUAGUAGUUUUAGUAAGGCAGUGGACUGUACUAUUAUUCUAUUGAUUAUGUUCAAAAUAAGAGAGCUAAAAGGAACUACAACGUUAACGGAAUUUUAUUGUCGCACAUGGUCAAUAGACCUCUAAAUUUGAAAAAACCGCUGAGUGCUACCAUUUAAAUUGGUGCGUUUUUGACAAAGGGGUGAAUUAGUCCCUAGGCACAGGGGCGAAUUAGGGUGAGUGCUAUGCACUUUUGGUACAAAGACGUCUACAGGAAAAUUAUUCCAAGUUAAAUUUACUAUCGAAAUAUUAUAUUUUAAAGUCAAAAAUAUUUUUAUUUACAAAAAUGUAUUCAAAAGAAAAGCAAAAAAUCAACACGAAAGAAAGCAAUUUUGUUUUUUGUCCCAUAACUUUUUUCCACGAGGAUAUAGGUAUAGACAUUGCUUCAGCAAAAAAUAACUUACAUUCUUUCUCUUUAAAAUGACGUCUGGUAGAAGUCUCUAGGAUUUAUAUUUUCCGAAAUUGUAUUUUUCAAAAUUCGCCGCUCACAGCAUUUUUGGUUCAUUUUCUGCAUUAUUUCGCAAACAUUGUUCUGUAACUUUGUUUUACGCAUUUCUAGGUAUAUUCAAUGGUACAUUUAUUAGAAAGAGGAGUCAAUUACCUUUAAAAUUCUAGUCUUUGUAUAAUUAAAGUCUAUUGUAUAAGGUUGCUUGACUAUUUUACAGGUUUUAUACUUUUAAUGAUUUUUUAUAUUUUUUAUUAUUAUUUUUUAAAUUUCUCAUUAUGACUUUUUUCUUGUACAUUUAGGGAUAUACAUUGUAUAAUAGAAAACAGCAUAUUUUCUUUACUUUCAAAUGGUGUAUUCCAAAAAAAUUUAGGACUUUUUUUAAACAAGAUAUCCGUAGGAUAUGCAAGAGUAUCCGUAAUUUGCAAAAAUUUUAAAAAAAUUUAUUUUUUUUUUUUUCAAUUAGAAGAAUAUAAUUGCAUAUUAUAAUAUAAUUUUUAAUUCCAAAUAUUUCUUAAUAACACUUUUCGAUAUUGUGAAAAAUAAAGGUACUUUACUCCUGAGCAAAUUCAUAUUUUUUAACAUACCUCGUACACUAUUAAUAAAAUUUUAUAUCUGAUGAUUGCAUUUUAGGUUUCAGACUAGGCAGAGCAUUUUAUAAAGAAUAACUUUUUUCAUAAAAUUAAUACUAAAAAAGUUUUCAUAUGGUUCCAACUAUUGCAUGUGUAUAUGUCACACUUUGAAAAAGCAUAUAUCUUGUUUAAAAAUAGUCCUAGAAUUUUUUACAGUACACCAUUUUAAAGUAAAGAAAAUAAGCUUUCCUUUUUAUUAAAUAAUGUUUAUACCCAAAUAUACAAUAAAAAAAGUUAUAAUGAGAAAUUUCAAAUAAUCGUAAAAUAUAUCAAAAAUCAUUAAAAGUAUAACAUUUUGAAAAACCAUAUCUUGCUUAAAUAUAGCCAUACGGCCUUCUACGAUAGAACAUUUUAAAGGUAAUUGACUUCUCUUUCUACUAAAUGUACCAUUGCGUGUACCUAGAAAUGCGUAGAAAAAAGUUGCAGAACAAUGUUUGCGAAGUAACAUUGAAAUUAUCCCAAAAUCGCUGUGAGUAGCGAAAUUUGAAAAAUCAUAUUUUGAAAAUUUUAAAUCACAGGUACUUCUACUAAACGCCAUUUUAAAGAGGAAGGAUGGAAGUUAUUUUUCUGUGAAGCAAUGCCUAUACCUAUAUCCCCGUGGAUAAAAGUUAAGGGGCAAAAAACAAAAUUGCUAUCAUGUUUUUUUCUUGCUUUUCUUUUGGAUAUAUUUUUGUAAAAAAACGCGUUUUUGACUUUAAAAUGUGAUAUUUCGAUAGUAAAUUUAACCUGGAACAAUUUUCCUAUACACGUCUUUGCACUAAAUGUGCAUAGAACUCACCCUAAUUCGCCCUGUGCCUAGAGACUAAUUCACCCCUUUCUCAAAACGCACCUAUUUCAAUGGUAGCACUCCGCGGUUUUUUUCAAAUAUAGAGGUCCAUUGACUAUAUAUGAAGCAAUAAAACCCUGUUAACGUUGUAGUUCCUUUCUAAAAUACAUAAUCAAUAGCCUAUAUACAAAGUAUGGUUUACUUUCACGUAAGAUUCAAUGUGACUGUUUCUGCUUCUUUGGGCGUUUUCAAAGCUCAAAAAGCGAGAAUCUAUUCUAUGAGGGACCAAACACAUUUUGAUUCUAAAAAAAAGGUAAAAGGAAACUUAAUCUAAAACGACUAAUCUCUGGAACUUCCACCAACUCUCACUAUGCUUUUAAACAACUGUUUUGUUUAAUAAGAAUUAAUCUAUAGGGACAAAUAAAACCUGAGACAAAUAAAUUACAUAUAGAGGUUAAAAACGAUAGCGACAAAGGUCAAUAGAGGAGGACAGAAUUGUAACAAAAAUCAAUUUAAAUGAAGUAAAAAGACAGACGUACUCGCAAUCAUUUGUUGUUAACUUCCGACGACCGGUUUUGCUCUCUAUAAUAUGCACAGCAUCUUCAGGUUAACGGUUACAAGUAAACUAAAUGAUGCAGCUAUAGAUCCUCUGCAUAUUAUAGAGAGCGAAACCGGUCGUCGGAAGUUAACAAUAAAUGAUUGCGAGUACGUCUGUUUUUUUACUUAAUUCAAAAUGAACUCGCAUAUGCAACCCAUUCAACAUUUAAACAUCAAUUUAUUUAACUCAUAAAUUAACAAGAAUCGUAUAUAAACUUACGUGCAUAGAAAUCGGCCCACUUAAAAAUUUUGUCAUUUUUGAUGUCUCAUAUUUCCUAAACCUGUUGGCCGAUUUAAGUGAUUUUUUGAACAUGUUAUAGCCUGAUUCUUUGACAAUACCACUGUAAUAAUAUUGUUGCUAAACAGGCAAAUUUUCAUCGUAUACCUGGUGUACCAAUCAAACUGUUUUUUUCUCAAAGUUCGCAUCACCCUGUGGAAUAUUUUAGCAUUUAUAAAAUACUGAAAUUAAAACCCAGCUAGAGCCUCAGGUUUUCUCAACAUUCUGUUUUUUGAUUCAUUCGUUUAUGUUGGAUAAUAAAAAAGUUAGGUACUUUAACAAGUAGACAUGUUCUUCAUCAAUACACGGUGUUCCUAAAUAAGCUCCUAAAUAAACUUUAAGGGGUAAUUCUGCAUGAAAACAUAAUGACAGUUGGCUUUAUAAACGUAUGUCCGCAAAUGUUUCGUUUCCGAGAUACGGGACGUUGAAUUUUUUCUUACAAACUGUCGAUUUAUUUUAUUGCUUUAAAACCGGUUGAGAUAUGCCAAUGAAAUUUGGUGGGCUGUAAGACGUAGUUAUUGCACAUUUUUUGACAUACAAUUAAGAAUUUAAUAUUCACCAUUAGCGCGCAUACGCGUAAUAUGACCGAUCAUAUUACCCGUAUGCAUGCUAAUGGUGAAUAUAAAAUUCUUAAUUUUAUGUCAGAAAAUCCGCAAUAACUGUCUCUUAAAUCCUACCAAAUUUCAUUUGCAUAUCUCAACUGGUUUUAAAGCAAUAAAUAAAUCGUCAGUUUGUAAGAAAAAAUUAAACAUCCCGUAUCUCGGAAACGAAACAUUUGCGGACAUACGUUUAUAAAGCCAACUGUCAUUAUUUUUUCAUGCAGAAUUACCCCUUAAAGUUUGUCGCACUUAUUUAAAAAACACCGUGUAUUGAUGAAGAACAGGUCUAGUUGUUGAAGUACCUAACUUUUUUAUUAUCCAACAUAAACGAAUGAAUCAUAAAACAAAAUGUUAAGAAAACCUGAGGGUAUAGUUGGGUUUUAAUUUGAGUAUUUUAUAAAUGCUAGAAUAUUCCACAGGGUGAUGCGAACUUUGAGAAAAAAAUACAGUUUAAUUGGUACACCCGGUAUACAAUGAAAAUUUACAUGUUUAGCAACAAGUAAACCUAUUAUUACAGUGGUAUUGUUAAAGAAUCAGGCUAUAGAGAAUCACUUAAAUGAACCAUUUCAUUUAAGUGAAUCGCUUAAAUGAAAGAAUCACUUAAAUCGGCCAACAGGUUUAGGAAAUAUGAGACAUCAAAAAUGACCAAAUUUUUAAGUGGGCCGAUUUCUAUGCACGUAAGUUUAUAUCGUAUAUCAUUAACUGAAGUUGUCAUUUUUUAUCAAUAUAAGAUUGUUCUGAAGCUAUUUUCUUGUGACGUUUUAAUAUUAUUUACAUAUUUUAUUUUAAUAUAAGAUGUUUCGAAAUCAUAUUUUUUAAUGAAAUUGGGGAAUUGGAGAAAAGUAAGAAUGUUUGAAACAAAAAGAAAUCAUUUUUGGGGUAAGAUCUGGACUGUAUAGUUCAAAUCUGGAUCUGCCAAUUUCGUUUAAACACAGAUCCUCUGAAUCUGUCCAAAUUUUAUCAUUUAUACUUACACCAACUAAAUCGUAACACAUCAGUAUAUCUUAGGUGAAUGCAAGAAUUAGGAUAUGUCAAUUUAGAGGUUAUAGAAUAACUCUCUAUUCUCUAGAAGUUCUUCUCAUUUUCAACUUUUAAAUACAUAUUUACUCCAAGAGAUGGCACACUCAUUUUCAUUCAUUCAUUUGUUGAAAGAUUUGAAUUGCUUUGAAUUGAAAGAUAAUGGUACGUUAAGGUACUAGUACACUUUAGAAGAUAAGCAUUUUUUCAAAAUUUUUUUUCUCAGAAUCUUUCUUAAAAAUGAACAUGAAACGAAAAACAUGAAACGUGAAACAUGUUUCAUGAAAAUAAAACACUGCUAAACAAAUCUCAAAGUCCGCCUACCAAUGAAACGAGUGUGAUUCAUGCUCAUGACACAUUUUUAUUUUCGAAGAGUUUCAUAAAUGGCCGGACGUAUAUUUGUUUAGCAGUGUUUUAUUUCCAUGAAACGUAAUUUACGUUUCAUGUUUCUUUGAUGUGCGAGAGAAUACAAAAAAUAUAUAUUUUUUUUUCAUUUAUGCACGUACACUAAUAUUGUAAAGGACGCCAAAGUCAAGGCCUCGAAAAAAAUUAGUUCCGAUGGCGGACAGUUAAUCUCAGGAUUGGGAUCUCUGAAGCAAAAAAAUCGUACGGCAUUUGAAAAAGGAUGGUUUCUUACGUGACAAUUUACCACCUUUAGUGAAAAAAUUCGCAAAAAAAAAGAUUUUACGAUAAUUUGAAAAAAAAUUGUGAAAAAAUCACCCGUUUUUCUUCAGUUUUUCAUGGUUAAAAAAUAUUUAUUUUUUAUUUUUUGGUCAAAUUGUGGUAAAUUGUCACGUAAGAAACCUUCCUCUUUCAAAUGCAGUACGAUAUUUUUGUUUCAGAUAUCCCAAUCCUGAGAUUAGCUGUCCGCCAUCAUUUUUCGAGGCCUCGACUUUUGCGCCCUCUACAAUAUUAGCGUACGUGCACAAAUGAAAAAAGAUAUAUUUUUUGUACUCUCUAAGAGUUAGAUAUUAAUAUGUAAAAAGUUUUAUGUUCAUUUUUAAUAAAGGUUCUGGGAAAAAAAAUCUUGAAAAUAAUUAUUAUUUUUGGUCUUCUAAAGUGUACUAGUACCUUAAAUCUAAUUAAUCACUCGGAUGAUUACGUAUCUGACAUACGUUCCAUGAUUAAAACAAACGUAGUUAAGUGAUCUAUAUAUUUAUGAUAAAAUGACCGACAAUGCUGCACAGAAAUAAGCUGUGACUUGUCAAGGUGCUAAAAGAAACAGUGUUCCCAAAAAAAUCUCUACUUGUAGAAAACACAUAAUUUUUUUCUAAUUUCCUCUGCGGACAACAGUUACGAACCACUUUCUAUUUUGUAUCUAAAAUAAACAAAAAACUUUCCCACUUGUCUGUUAUAGCAAACCUACUUCUACUGAUCUUGUUUGAAAGUAUUUGUGACAUUUCAGUUUUACAAUCUCUUAUGAGAAUAAGAGAACACAAAGUUAGAAAAAAAUUAAGAUAUAACUUUUGCACUUUCAGAUCAAAAGCCUUUCUCAAAAUACGCGAAGAACCGCAAUGUUGGCGACGCCUGGUGGUAAAUUUCAAAAGCAUCAACUUCGGGAAAACAUUUAAAUUGUCAUUAAUUUGUGUACAUAUUUACGGCCGGUUGAUAUUGUAAUUAACAAUGACUUCGACUUCAAAAAACUAUUGCAGUGUUCCUCAAUGUUCACCCUAUUAUACUCCUCAAACACAAAUUACCUUACAUAAGUUUCCGUUGGACGAGAAUAUAAGAAAAGUUUGGCAAUGAAUUUUGCGAAUUGGCAAACCUAUAACGAAGUACAUGACGGUGGUUAGUUUACAUUUUACUGAGAACGAUUACUUUUAUUACAUUUAAACGUGUAAAUGAUUCAUAUUCAUCGUUUUACGGCUUCGAGAUCAAAUGACAAAUGAAUUGAUUUUCCGAAGUUAUCGUCCAUCUUUGAAAUCAUGAGCGCCCUCUGUCGGAAAUGGCUAUUGCGAAUAUAGAAAAUGGAGACAAUAUCAGAUGUAUUUGUACUGUUAACUUCAAAUCAAUAUACAUAUCUAAAUUCCGUUGUGAUUAAACAACAUUCACUAAACAUAAUCACAGAAAAAGAAGUAAUCGAAUGGUUGGCACCUUCGAUUUUUUAACAUUGGCUAGCGGCCAUGGUGUUAGAUCAUUAAGACAAAAUAUAUUUUUAUGCCCCAAACACAGAUGAAUAAUAUAAAUUUUUAGUAAUUAACUCAUUAAAAAUUGUUUGUAUUUUAUCUAUUUAGUGUAAAAUCUUAUACAAUAUAAAUACGUAAAACAUACACAGUGGGUCAAAAAAAAUAGAUAUGUGCUUUUUAUUUAGACUGCGAAAUUUAUACAUACGAAAACAAAGGCUACAUAAAUUCUUGGUAAAGUAUUUAUCAAUUUUUUAUUUUCACUAAUUAUUCUCAUGGGAAGUUGUAUUGCUGAUAUGUUAUAAAAUAUAAUAAAUCUAAUGUUAUUUGCAUCUUGAUAAAUAUGUAUAUUAUAUAAUUAUAACGUAAAAACCAAUCUUGACAUUUUUUUAGGAUUGAUUCGAUUACUGUUUUCCUCGUUUUGAAAUAUAUUCAGAGUGUGUUGGUCGAAUGAUAUAAUUAUAUCCUUUUUUUUCUUUCUUUUAUAUUAUUUUCUUAUGAUUAUACCUUAAUUGUAAAGUGUGUUGGAAUGCAAAACUUUUUAUGUGAAAUAAAGUUACUAUUCAAAGAA